AUGGGUGCCUACAAGUACAUGACCGAGCUCUGGAAGCGCAAGCAGUCGGAUGUCCUCCGCUUCUUGAACCGUGUCCGCGCCUGGCAGUACCGCCAGCUCCCGGUCGUGUACCGCCUCGUCCGCCCGUCGCGCCUCGACAAGGCCCGCCGCCUCGGCUACA